AGCGCCGGUGGGUGUCACAUCCGGGUCCUUCUCGCUUCGCCUUCAGUUGGGCCCUGUUUUCCUGCCUCUCCUCUCAGGGAAGCGGGAGCGUUGGCUCCCUCGCAGCCGGAGGGAAGAUGUCCGGAUCCGGCGGCGUCCCCUCGGGGUCGGCGGCUGGAGGAGCCAGGGCUGGGCCUGUGGCCGAGUGGGGGGCCUUCGAGGACAACAUGCAGGGUGGAGGUUCUGCUGUAAUUGACAUGGAAAACAUGGAUGACACAUCUGGCUCCAGCUUUGAAGACAUGGGUGAGAUGCAUCAACGUAUGAAGGAAGAGGAAGAGGUGGAUGCAGAAGCAGCAGCUGCUGAUGAAGAAGAUGGAGAGUUCUUGGGGAUGAAGGGCUUUAAGGGACAGUUGAGUCGGCAAGUUGCUGAUGAGAUGUGGCAGGCAGGAAAAAGACAAGCCUCGAAAGCCUUCAAUCUAUAUGCCAACAUAGAUAUCCUCAGGCCCUACUUUGAUGUGGAGCCAAACCAAGUUCGGAACCGGUUGCUGGAAUCCAUGAUACCUGUGAAGAUGAUUAAUUUUCCCCAGAAAAUAGCGGGCGAGCUUUAUGGUCCCCUCAUGCUGGUCUUCACGCUGGUUGCCAUAUUGCUGCAUGGAAUGAAGACAUCAGAUACAAUUAUUAGGGAAGGGACAUUGAUGGGCACAGCAAUUGGCACUUGUUUUGGUUACUGGAUAGGCGUCUCCUCCUUCAUUUACUUCUUGGCAUACUUGUGCAAUGCUCAGAUUACCAUGGUGCAAAUGUUGUCACUACUGGGCUAUGGACUUUUUGGGCAUUGCAUUACUCUCUUUAUCACUUACAACAUCCACUUUCACUCCCUUUUUUAUAUCUUCUGGCUGGGGAUUGGCGGCCUUUCUACACUAAGGAUGAUUGCUGUGUUGGUGUCACGCACAGUGGGAUAUACCCAGCGACUCAUCCUGUGCGGAGUACUUGCUGCCCUGCACAUGCUCUUCCUCCUCUAUCUGCACUUUGCUUAUCAUAAAGUUGUAAAAGGUAUACUGGACAAUUUGGAACCUUUUCAAAGAGUUCCCAGAGACAUUCCAUUUGUCUCUGUUCUGAAUGCAACUACCAGACCUGUUGCUGCGCUGAUCUCGUAGCCUUACAGACUCUGGUGUUCUCCCUGCCUCUACAUGGGUCAUAUACUCUGCUGCUGUUACCAGGGAAGAAAGAAGAAGGAACAGAGGCAGGACUUGGUUCUGUCUGCAAACCUCAUCUUGGCAGUGAGAGCUGCAGGUUCUCAGCAUGCUUCACAGGAACUGUGUUUGUCCAGCCUCUGCUGGAUUGGGUGAGGCAGAGCCUUUCUCCUGGCCCAUUCACAUUUAGCUGGGAUUGCCCAGGCCUUUCCUCCAUACCUUUCGUGCUUGCUCUUGUCUUUUUAACUAGUGUACAUGUAAUCCUCUCUUUUGCUGAGAGAAGAAUUAAAUUAAAUGGAUGUUGGUUCUGA